AUGGAAAUAGAAAAAUAUAAAUGUGGUGGUUGCAAACAGUGUGAAAUUGUUACCGUCGAAGAUAUUAUCAAUCAUACAUUUCCAACAUCAGAGGUAGCAUAUGAUGUGUAUGUGAGAUAUGCCAAAUGUGUUGGCUUUGGAGUUCGGAAGGGAGAUUUUGUGAAAACCAAAGAUGGUUGUUACUCAAGGCGAAGUGCAACUGUUUGGAGGGUUAAGAAUUUGUUCGAUGAAUAUAACCAUGACUUAGUACCACAAUGCAUCGUUCACCUAAUUCCGAAGCAUCGGCAGUUAACUGAUGCAAACAAGGCACAAGCUGACAUCACGCAUAUGUAUGGUGUGUCAACAUCUCAAAUUAUGUACGGUGGGUAUGCCAGAGCUAGUUUUACAAAGAAAGACUUAGAUAACCACCUUGACAGGAGUCAACACUUACGUAUUUUAAGUGGUGAUGCCAACGCUACCAUAAGCUACCUGUUUGGAAAGGCUGACGUUGACCCGAUGGCUAUGGCACGAUAUAGUUCAACUGCGGAGGAUCGGUUAUGUAGUUUAUUCUGGGCUGAUGGAAUAUGCUGA